AUGACCUUUAAAUUUAAACUCUGUCUCAUUUUUUUAUAUACAAAAUUGUUAUCUUCUUUAAUCGCUCUUAAUACAGUAGAUUUUAAUACUAAAAAAUCUAAAUCUGCUUUAACUUUAGAAAUAUUUAUGGCCUUACUAGAACCUAUACUUUACAUUUUUUUUAUUGUCCCAAAAGAAAGAACCUUUUCUUGCCUUUUCCAUUAA